AUGGUGGAGCAGAAGCCGCAGCGAGUCCUUGUUAUCGUAUCCAACGGAAGUAUAUUAGGAACAAUAUUGGUCUUCUUCAGAGGGGAUAUCCCCAAUAGCUGUCGAGGUAUUAGAAACAUUAAUUUUUUUGUAGGGUUCAUACCCCCACACACCUGAACUGAACCUGCUGGCUAAGCAGAAGGGGGAAACUCGCGUAUUCCUUAUAUUCGAUAUCGCCAAUGCUUCAUAUGAUACUCAUCUAGGUCAUCUACCCGAUCACAACUAGCCUCCUGUCACCGUUGUUCGUCUGAGUGAAAGAGGUGCAGACGUAUGCGCCAAGCCUACCUGUGCGAAAUAAAGUGAAUGGUGAUGUCGCCCAAGCUCACAAUGACCACGGUAUAGACAGCUUUCUGUCUUUCAUCACUGAUUAUACAUAUAGGCCAUCCUUGGAUUCUAAUCCACCUUGUUUCAGCGUUAACGAUACCGCGCCAGUUUUAAGAUGUCUUUGGACAAGUCAUGAACUAGGGAGGACCUCGGUCAACGUUGCGGCGGAGUUAACGAGUAGAUAGCUCAGUCCCCACAAGCGGUUCCCGAAUUGUGGAUUAACCCGGAUCAAACUAUGGUCUAAGCCAAUGGUUG